GCCAAUCCCAAGCGCUAUGACGCCGUAGUUGCAAUGGCUGGUACGCUGGCUGAUGCACUGGCGAGCGCACUGGGGCCGUCACCAGAGGAGAAGCGAUGUCAGCUCAUCGAUCAGCUGAGCAAAUCGCAACGCACUAGAUGUGUUCCAACGUUUAAAGGAUCGGGUGCCAAUUUGCGAGGCAGUCAGUCUAUGCAAGCAUUGCCGCUCCAACUUCCAGCAGAUGGAGCAAGUGCAACAAGCAAACAAAGCAGGUCAUUGCGCCUCCUAACGCCCAGGAGCCCCUCAAGCAAUGGACCUGAGGAUACUGCACGGCCGCGGCCAAAGCAAAGUCGCUUGCCUGGGCAGGUCCUUGCCAGCACCAAGUCACGCACCUGUGCGGCCAGUCAUUUCCAGGCCUUCAGACUCAGUGAGCGCAAGCCCCUCCCUGGGGAUGAGACAAGUGCAUCCCACAAGUCGAGCGGAUCAAGCGCAAGCGUGCCAGCCGCAAAUGCACCAAGCACUCCAGGAGGAGGAACUACUCCAAGCGGGCCAACAUUUGCAAUGAAUGCGGUGCCUCGCUUACCAGGCAGGGUUUUGGAGGAUACGCAGUCCCGGACUUGCGCUGCUGCACACCUACCGCCUGAGAAUCGCCAGUUGGGGGCCGUGUCAACCCAACCAAAGAUUAAGAAUGAAAGAAAGGAUGUGAAAAAGGAUGACCGAAAUGAGCGAAGCAAAGACCAACCCCGCGGCAACCGCACUCAGCCGGAGCUUCUCCACAGUCCAAGGCGGCAAUUUACUCCUUCCGCCAGAAUCCCGUCACCCCGCAGGCAAUCAGUGUCGGACCGACCUUCAUCGUUGUCUCCAGAGCGAUUGCCUCGGCCCACACUACAUCAUAUGACCCGCAAAUCGAUGGUGGACACACGCAGCCGAGAGGCAAUGUCCAGUUCCCGUGCUUUUGUUCCGGCACGACCUCCGGGACCACCUCCGCCCUUUGUGCCUCCAGCAGUAUCAUCUUCGGCCCUCGCGCGACUUCCAGUUUCAGCGCCAGCCCCAGCAGCCCCAGCAGCCCCAGCAGCCCAAGCAGCCCAAGCAGCCCAAGCACAUGCUCAGGGCUUUACACAAGCAGCCAGAGCUAUGCCCAGUUCGCCCAGACGACCUUUGGCGGCUGCACCCCAGAGCUCCCCCAGAGAAGCAUCGCCAUUGAGCGCAAGAGAAGGCCAUGCCGUGCGAGUUGCCACACCCAUACCUGCUCCGUUUGGAGCGUUGCCUUCGUGGGCUUCGACGGAGGCGGGGCUGUCCCCCACUCACAAGAUGUUGGCCCAUUGUGCUGCCAGUAGAAUUCAGCGGGCUUUCCAGAUGUGGUGGUUCAGGAACUUCAGCAUUUCUGGGCCCAUGGGCUUCCGGGCAUUGCGGGACGCGGUGGUCUACCUUCAGCGCUGGUGGAGGGCGGCACAUGCCAGAAAACUCCGGCUUCAGCAGAUCAGGAAACUUUGGAGGCAAUCGGCUGUCCGUAUGCUGGUCUUGGAUAAAGCCGCUUGCGUUUUGCAACGGGGCUGGCACAUGGUGAAGGUGAUGCGCAUGAGGUGGAAUGUGCAAUCCGCGGCAAGAAGCAUUCAACUAGCUUGGAAGCAGAGGCUGCUGCGCGACCGGCUGUGGCGCAAGAGGCAUGCAAUAAAGAUGUUGCUAUGCUGGAACCGCAGAAGCACUGCGCGAACAAGACUAGUGAAUGGCAUGCUGCGGUACUCCCAAGUGCAGCACGAGGCAGCAGUUGCUUUGCAGAGCCGUUGGCGUGGAUGUCAGACGCGCCGGGCUUUCGAGGAAUCUCGAGAUAGGCUGGAGAGAGCCCGGGACCGUCGAGAAAUCAUUCGACGCAAAGCACAGCUUCUGGAAAUGAAGCAGCCGAGCACAAAACCAGCAAAGGCCUUCAGCACGAGUGCAGCAAGUGCACAGGAUCGGGCACAAUGUCGUGCUGCUGAAGCUGCCGACAAGUCUCCAGGCACAGCCACUCGUGACCGUGGGGGCAUGCAAUCCCGAAGCAAGCGAUUGUCACUGGGGACGAGCAGGGUGGACAUUACACCCAGAGGAGCCAAUCAGAGGCCAAGCGGCUCCAUCUCCAUGACGAAGUUCCUGGUUUCACAGAAUGCCUUGACAUCCCAACGCACCUUGGAUGUGCAAGCGAUGAUUCGCAAUUUGCAGGUUCGGGGCUGCUUGUCGGACGUUCCUCGUGCCUCACCAUUUUCAGCUGAAGUGUCUGGCCAAUCUGACCUGGAAGCGGUACGGUGCUGGCUGACAGGAGGCCUUCCGACAUGGAGAAUCCUGUCAGUCUUCAGGGUGGAGUGCAGCGGGGCCGCGGCAGCUGCUUACAACAGCGUCAGUCGCACCUUGGGACCAGAGCGGCUGCUAUGGCAUGGUACUCCUUGGGACUCUGUGGCCAAUAUCGCUCAGAAUGGCUUCAACCGGGCGUAUGCAGGGCGGCAUGGUUCCAAGCUGGGCCGAGGCAGCUACUUUGCAGAAGAGCCUGCCUUCGCUUUAAGAUUCUGUGGGCGCACCCAGCCACGUGCCAUAUUCCUGGCAGGAGUGCUCCCUGGCCGAUACUGUCGAGGCGCAGAAGGAUUGGUGGAGCCACCUGCGCUGGACGCUGGCACCCGCUUCGACUCAACUGUGGAUGACCCUGCCAAUCCGAAGGCCUUUUGUGUAUUUCGCGACUUCCAGGCCAUUCCACUGUAUUUGGUCGAAGUUGCGUCGAGCUGACCUAUUCUUCGUGCAAUGUUUAGGAAAGUUAGGAAAGUUUCACACGAAAGCAAGGGUCAGGCAGGCACACUUCGCUGAUAAUUCGGCUCCUGGACUCGCAACAUCUUAGAUGCCUUUCACGCAGCAUCCGAGUACACUUGUGCAAUCUGUGUGAAACGUCAGUUUGCACGAACAAUGUGUUGUUAAGUGUUGGCGA